AUGAUACACGCGCAGCAUCUCUCUUCGUAUCAGUCUCGCCUUUCGUCACCUUUGAAACGAAAACGGGACAUUGCUGACGAUGUUGACAACCCGCAUCGAGGAGGCCUGCUACCCGUGGACGAACGACCUCCGCCUUCAAAGCGAGCUCAUUCGCUUGAAGAUGGCUUCUCCCUUAUGUCUCUCAUCUCUCCGCCUACUCGUACUUCCCUAGCGCCUUCCGCAUCCCUGCCGGAACCCGUCGAAUUCCGAUCCCCGUUUCAAAACGUGUUUGCUCAAUGUGAUUCUCCACCUCCAGUACCGAAUAGUGCGACGAUUGAGAUGGAUGAAGACUCUUUUGAUGGUCGUCCAUCUGCAAACAGAACGGCGGAAGAGGUCGAAAACGGCGACAUUGCUAUGAAGCGCAGUACCUGGUACGAAAAAGAUAAAGACAGAAUCGUGAUUCUGGAUCUUGACUCCGACGAUGAGGAAAGCCCACGGUCCAGCCCUCCCCCCGAGUAUAUAAUUUCAGGCGCCUUAUUAUCGCUCUUGCCGGUACCGGUUGGUGAUACUCCAUCACCACCUGGUAAGGGACAGUUGGUCCUAUACCGUCCUCCGCCGUGGAGAGACUCGGAAGAACUUGAGAAUCGUAGUCGGAAUGUUGACGAGCAGGACGUUACACCUGCACAAGACGCAUUGGUUACUCAUAGUACGGACGCAAUGGACAUCGAGGACUAA